GCCUCUACUUCGUCUUCCAGUUCCGAUCGCGCCGUCCCGACCAGCUCGAACACAGGUAUCGGUCGCAAGGUCGCUGCCUCGUUGGAUCUGUUCAAGGAGAGCGCACCCAGCCCUUCGGUAGAGAAGAAUGAAGUCGAGGCUUUCGACCUUCCGAGGCCGGAAUCAUCGACAGGGAAGCGCAGGUCUGUCGUUGAGGUCAGCGAGCCCCAGUUCGAGUUUGUCAAGCGGUCGGAUUGGCCUGAUCGCGGGACGGCCGCUAUACGGAGGGAGAAGAGUUCGACCGGCCUUGACCGGGUUAGGACGCGCGAGAGCACGAGUUCGGUGACGAGCUCACGGGACCAAGACUUCCGUAGACGCAAGGAGCGGACAUUAUCUCGACGCGAGACGGUGCUCACCGAUUUGGCGCAGUGGCGCGCAGCAGUUGAAGCAGGCCGUGCUGACGAGGAUGGGCGGGGUAGACCACGAGAGCGGAGUGUGUUUGUCCAGGAGCCUCUACCGGAUGCUGUUAUCCUGUCUCCUCCUGGGUCAGAGUCUUCCUCCUCUGUAUCUUCCGCGUCCACAUUCCACCUGGAAACCAGACCAACCGUCUCGCCAUCGCUGCCACAUGUCGUCCCUACAUCGCCAAGUCCUCCAGUCCGCACCCAUGAUCUUGCUCCUUCGCCCGUUAUUGAUCGCCGACUCUCUCCACUUGAUCUGCACGAAUUGCCUCCACCUGUGCACCGCGCUCCGACACGGUCACACUCUCCGCAUGAGCCUCCCAUUGCACUCCCAGUUGCCCUUCCUAGCGUCCCGCAAUAUUCUCACUUCUUCGAUUCUCCUUGGUCUACGGAUGACGACGAUGAAUCCGCUUGGGAGUCCGCAUCUGCGACGACAACCACGUCCACAACCUCUGCAUCUACUCCCUUCCCUCUCUCCCCAUCACGAACAAGCCCCCACCCCCAGCCUCGCGUGCAUAAUCCGGAGGACGAGGAUGACGAGCGACAUCAAAGGGCCAUGUUGUCUCCUUAUGACGACCUCGAGCUGACUCAGGCUGAUACGUCGCCUAACACGGACCUGGUGGCCAAUCUAGAGGCUCAUUCGCAGGAGAGCUUACCGCAUAUUCCAUUGCGGCCGUUCCGCAAUCAGGUUGGCGGACACAGCGCGAUCUACAAGUUCACUAAGCGCGCUGUGUGCAAGCCGCUAGUCUCCCGCGAGAAUCUCUUCUACGAAGCUGUCGAGCGUGAAGCUCCUCCUUUGCUUGACUUCAUCCCACGUUAUCUGGGCGUGAUGCUGGUCAGCUACCGCCGAGUGCCCAAGAGCUCGAGUCUUUCCCCGCAGAUCCCCUCCGCCGCCCGGCCCAGAGGUCUCCUCACCGAGUCACAGUCUCCCCGCCCGAUAUUGCAGAAGUCGGCGAGCGAGAACCCUCGUUCCACGCCGUCAUUCCAUCCGGGGCAGGAGGGUGGAGAUACCGACACAGAGGAGGCGGAGCUUCCUGAGGUCGCCUUGGACUACAAUCGCCACAUUAUUCCUGAAUGGUUACUGCGCGGCCGCCGCAAUCGUGCGAUGUCCCACUCAGUCACUUCGUCUCCUGCCCCUCCAGUCGAUCACCGUCUGAGACGGCCUCAUCUGAACGGCCUGAACGGUAUGACUGCCUCCAGCCCGGAUCUAGGGAUGUCCACGCUGCGUUCCCACCACGCUUGCGCCGCUUCCCAACGACACCCGGCCAGCAGACUUGCGUACUCGCGGACAGUCGAGGAUGUGGACAACCGGACACCGAUGAACUCACCGCGGUUCCCUGCCCCUCAGCUCACAACUUCCCUGUCAGGACAAGGGUCUGUGUCGCCUGGUAGCCAGUUCCAGACGGGAUGGUUCGGCGGUACCGGUUCUACUGUCGUGAAUACACGGUUCAAGGACCAUGUGUUCAGCACUCUGCUCCGUCGAUUGUCCAGGCACGCUUCGGGCAAGACUACGUCCAGCACGAAGGCGGAGGAUGACGGCGAGGUAGCAGACGGAGAAGGUGAAGGGGCUUCGUUCAGCGACGGUGCUGACAAGUUUCGUCGCAAGAAAAAGCUCAGCAGGGUAGAGCGAUUACGGCAAGAGGAAGGUAGCGUGCUCGGGAAGCCGCUGCGGCGAGUACAGAGUGACCGUGAGAUUGGACAUCACGCCUCCUAUCCCACGCACCCUUUGGAGCGGGAUCGUGACGCGGCCUCUGGAGAGGUGUUCGACUUCGAGUCGCAAUCCGAUGACCCGUGCGCUCCUCGCGCCCCGCUGGAGGUGCAGGAUGGCCAGUCGUUUGCGGCGCGUUCGUACCGUCGUCAUCGUUCGCGCUCGCUUCCUCGUGAUGUCUCCCAGCCCUGCAUUCCUCACUCACCCCAUCUCCCCAUCGAUCACCGCGAACCGGACCCAACUGUUACUCGUCAGAACCACUUCAUCUUGAUGGAAGAUCUCACCGGUCGGCUCAAGUACUCGUGCGUCCUCGAUCUGAAGAUGGGCACGCGACAGUACGGGAUGGACGCGACGCCAGGAAAGAAGAAGAGCCAGCGGAAGAAGUGCGACCGGACGACGAGCAGAACGCUGGGUGUGCGAGUGUGCGGGAUGCAGGUUUGGAACCACGUCACGCAGUCCUACGUUACCCAGGACAAAUACAAGGGCCGCGAGGUCCGUCCGGAAGACUUCCCUGCGGUGCUCAGCUCCUUCCUCCAUGACGGGGAACGCCUGCUCGUGUACCAGAUCCCGGUCAUCUUGCGCAAGAUCUACGCCCUCGCGCGCAUCGUCAAUCGCCUGAAUGGGUACCGCUUCUACGGCUGCAGCCUGCUCAUGAUCUAUGACGGCGACCGCGAAGCCCAGGAGGCGUUCCGCGCCUCCGUCCUCGACCAUCCCUCGUCGCGCAGCAAGCGUGGCGAGUCCCUCGAGCGUCGGCUGGACGCGCGCACCCAGACGGAGAGCAAGCCACCGACGCUCCGCCGUUCGCACAGCGAAGACUUGCUUCUAGGCCCCGUCGCCGACCGCGUCAGCCGCCGUCGCAAGCGCGGCGAGGUCCAAAUCCGUCUCGUCGACUUUGCGCACACGACGACGGGACGAGACUGGCUCCCGUACCCGCCUCCCAACGGCGAGAUUGAGGAGGUCACGAGCGGGAAGGGUUACCAGGCAGAGGUCGACCCUGAGACAGGGCUCAUCUACGCUCGGUUCCCCCCGCACUACCCCGACCAGCCCGACAGGGGGUUCCUCUUCGGGCUGAUGAACCUUGCGGAGACGCUGGAGAAGAUCUGGAACGAGGAGCGGCUGCGGAGGAUCAAGAGCUCGCGCGACGACCCAACUGCCGCGGCGGAACAGCUCCCGCCGCUGUCGACGGACGGGAAGGAGGUCUUCGACAAGAUAUUUAGGACGCCGGACGGCGAGGAGGACUUCGGGAUGAUCUCGACCUGAGUCGCCUCUGCCCGCUGGACAAUUUCUGGCUUCUUGUGCAUAUUGUACGUCCUUUCUUGUACAUAACUUCUAUAACUUGCUGUUUUUCUCCUUAUAUUCUCUUGUCUCGUCGUCUCCUGUUCAUAUUUCAUGUCGUCUCCCCUCACUCAAGUAGCGGUUUAUGUCAUUCAUCUCUUACUCGUUCACAGUCUGUUCGCAUGCAUCCGUCCGAACAAUGGACCUCCAUCCUACGACUUAUGAUGUACCUAUAACCAUCCAAGUAAGUUAUGAUGACGCACAUAAUUAGCCAGUCUCUCCGUCUCUAUCUCGUGAACGCGCUGCGAAUGCCUGUACUAG